AUGUCAAGUAAAGCUCAAGAACCGCAAAUCCUCAGUGUGGAGGAAUACAAGACUGAUGCUAAGUGGUUGAAGCUGGAGAAUAUCAAGUGGAAAGAUCAAGAGGGAAAGGAAAGAGCUUGGGAAGUUGCCAAUAGGACUAAACGACCUAAAGCUGGUGUCGACUCCGUACAUAUCCUCGCUUUACUCCAUCAUCCAUCCAAGCCGGUCUCAACCAUUAUCAUCGAGCAAUAUCGUCCACCAGCAGAAGCGACAGUAAUCGAGCUUCCAGCAGGACUUGUUGACGAAGGUGAAGAUGCUGGUACGACAGCUUUAAGGGAGUUACACGAAGAAACAGGAUAUGGUUCAGGCAAAUCAGGCGAAGGGAACGCAAGUGUCAAAGAAGUCUCUGACAUCCUUGUGAAAGAUCCAGGAAUGUCAGGUGCUAAUAUGAGACUGGUAAUUGUUGAUGUUAAAUUGGGAGAAAACGAUCCGGAUCCAGAACAAAAACUCGAUCCUGGAGAGCAUAUCAUCAAACGAGUCGUUGCACUCAAAGACCUUCAUUCCACUCUCAAGGAUUACUCCAAGAAGGGGUUUGCCAUUGAUGCUCUCGUCUCCAGUAUCGCUCAAGGAUGGGAAUUGUCCAAGCAAUUCUCUUGA